UGCGCAUGUGCGGAUCUUGGCCGGCCUUCCUGGCCGUGGGCAUGCGUCGAGUCUGCCGCUUGUUGCUGCAGCAAUGAGCUUGGAGCAUGGGAGUGAGGAGGGCCACUCAGUCAGCGCCAUAAAUAAGACAUGCAGGAGUAAGAGACAGGCCGGGAAAGACGCAGCUGUCCAGGGUACAAAUGACAGCAGUAUUGUCAGCAAGUGUUCAAUGGUCAAUUUAGGCUACUUCACUGAUGGAUUUCUGAAAGGAUUUGUAAAUAAAACCAGCAGAAGAGCUCCACUCAUAAAUCGUGGCUACUAUGUGAGGGCAAAGGCAGUGGAUUAUAGUGUGCGUUGCUUCUUACAACACACAGAAAGUUACCCUCGGAGACAAAUCCUCUCACUUGGAGCUGGGUUUGAUUCCUUGUACUUCCGGCUAAAGGCAAGUGGGGAGCUGAAAAAUGUAAUUAUGUAUGAGGUGGAUUUUCCAGAUGUCGUUCAACGCAAAGCCACUCUGAUUAAAAACAAGCAGGAACUUGUGGAGCUCAUAGGCUGCACUGAUGAAAUCGGACCCGCCCAAAUGGGUCGUCUGUGUGGUGUGGAUUACAAGUUGCUAGGUAUUGAUCUAACUGAAAUAGUGGAGUUAGAUAACACACUGAUGGAAAUUGGCCUAAACCCUGCUUGCCCAACCUUACUGCUGUCAGAAGUUGUGCUGACAUAUAUGAAAAAUGAAAGCUCCUCAGCUGUAAUCCGUUGGGCAGCAGAGCGAUUUUCGUCAGCAGUGUUUGUUGUCUAUGAACAGAUACGUCCAAACGAUCCCUUUGGUCAAGUUAUGCAGCAACACUUUGUGCAGUUAAACUCCACUCUGCACGCACUUGUUCAGUUUCCUGGAAAGGAAGCUCAGCAGAAACGUUUUUUGAAAGAGGGCUGGGAGGAAUGCCUUUGUAUUGACAUGAAUGAGUUUUAUGUCGGCUAUAUUCCAAAACAGGAGAAGCAAAGGAUUGAAUUGUUGGAACCUUUUGAUGAGUACGAGGAAUGGCAUCUGAAGUGUUCUCACUAUAUGAUUCUGUGUGCGUCAAAAGGAGACUUGAUAAAGUAUCUGCCAUUUACUCCCCAUCCAGAUUUCUGCAUCAACAAAUUAGAUAUUCUUGAUCCUCUGCAACUUUCUGUCUCCCUGUGUGAGACAGAAACACAGAGUUCUCAUCUGAGGAGAUUUGCCCAUUGCUCUGCACUUGUUGCCCCAUAUGCAAUUGUUACCACUGGAGGAUUUGGCAACAGAAUUGGUCAACAUGGACGUCUUAGAGAUAUAUCACUGUUGGCUAAAAGUGGACCAGUUUGGAAAUCCUGCUCCUUUAGGGAUGAGGAUAGUUUAUUGACUGAGCGAAUGUUUCACAGCAUGACCGCACUCUGUGACGGUCGUUGUAUGAUCAUUGGCGGCCGCACUUCUCCACUGAAGCCAGUCACAAGUGUUCUUUGUUUAAGAUGUGACACGGGCAGUGGUGGCAUCUCCAAUGUCAGCUUGUCAUUAAAGGCGAUUGAAUGCAGUGGCACCAUGCCGUCACCACGCUGGCGACACACAGCAACAGAAUUGAUUUACAGAGAUCAGAAGUAUCUGUUCAUUUAUGGUGGUCGCUCUUCCAAAGAGUUGGUACUAGGUGACUGGCAUUUCCUCAAUCUGCAAGAUUACAGCUGGACAGAUAUUCCAGUGGAUGGUCCUCCUCCAGAAAGCCGUCAUUCCCACUGUGCUUGUGUAUGGAAGGGUGGUGUUCUGAUUACUGGAGGAUUGGGAACAGCACAAGUUCCUUUGGGAUCUAUUUUCCAUCUUAGACCAACUUUGUCUGGUUUUGUUUGGGAAAGGAUAGAAAUGAUUUCUUCUGUCAUUCCACGGUACUCGCACACAGCACAUAUUCUUGAUGAUAGACUUAUUUUACUAGGAGGAGUGUCAAUCCACACUGAUUCAAUCCCUGAAGUAACUCUUAUUGACUUAAAAACAGGACGGAGUUUUGACUACUACAUUGGCACGAAUCCUGUGAAGUGGCCGCUAAUGUUGCACAAUCACAGUAGUGUACUAUUAGCAAAGGAGUGCCAAGUGCUGGUCAUAGGAGGAGGAGGGAACUGCUUCUCAUUUGGAACACACCUGAAUCACCAACCAAUCCUGCUGCAGCUACCUGAGUUCAGCUGAGCGAACAAGAUAAAACCCAAAAGGUACAACCAGAAUAUAGCUUGUAACUUCUUUUUGUGAAAUAUUACUUCUCUUGGAGGCCUAAAGCUAACAGAUGGAUCUGUUGAAUUUGGUGAAAGUGACAAAUGAAAUACUGUGAACUUAAUUAUCAGUGACCCUGGCAACAUCUUCAGACAUCGCCAGAUUUAUGUAUAUUUCUUCAUUUUUGUCAUUGGUUUUAUAUUUCAUCAGAUGGAAUCGAAUCAAAUUUCGAUGCAUGUUAUUUUUCAAUUUAGCACUGUGGAAAUACAAUUUGAAGUUGCACUGAGCACUGGAAAGUUAAUAUUUUUCAUAAUUUCAAAAUUACCACUGGGGAGUUGUGCUCUGAAGAUUCACCCUAUCCUCACUAAAUAUAAUGAAGGAAUGUCAACCUGUAAUCAUUUAAGUAAUUAGUCUUUUAACUGUGUCUACAUUUGUGGUAAUUUACUAUAUUUGAAUUACUUUCUAAAUAAACAUUGUGCAUCCUUAAGUGAUGGCCUUAAAUUUUGGUCACUGGCAAAGGUGUAAUAUAUGAAUGGUUUGAGCCAGUGAAUAUGAGUUGAAAGGUGAGCUGUGGUGCUCUCAAGCCAAAUGCCUAUAACUUUAAAAAAAAACCACUCAUGAACACAAAUUUGUGAAAAUUAUGCCUCUUGAAAUAUAUACUUUCUUAUCUUUGGAACAAUAAUGUUGUACUCUAACACAGUAAAUGUUACCUAUGACAGUAGGUUCCUAAUUGAUGUUAAGAAUGUGACCAAUUUGAAGAUAUGCAAGUGCAAAUAUAAUUCAGAGAAUCUCAUAUGAUGUUUAGCUGCUGUCAAUAUGUCAGAUAAUUAUUUUUUGAAUUUUUAUGACGUCUUAUCAUGAAUUACAUGUUUGCUAAUGACUUGUGACAUAUUCUGAACAAAACCAUGCAUUAAAAUUUGCAUCAUUUUUG